CCCGUUUAAGUUUUCUUCCUUUCGGAUAAAAUAAGUCCGUUUUAAAUUAAUUAUUUAUUUUAUUUUCGUUCCCGUGCCUAAAAAGAAUGAUUAAACAAUUGACCUAUUCCGACGUUCCAUGUAGACCAAUCGAGCUUAUCAAAACAGGACACGUGGCAUCCAUCUAGACUGGGUCCCACAAGCCCCCCAAAAUAGAAAAAAACCAAUGAACACCCUCCACUAAAAUAUCCCCAAAUUCAAAACUGCCGAAGAACACACAAACAGAGUGCAAAUCAAAAAACGUUCAAACAAUCAUCAAAUUACAAAGCUUUACAAUCACUUCGAAUCCCACGCAUACAUACACACAUACGUACGUAUAAAUCUAUACAUACAAGUAUGCAGCCGCACAUACUUCCUGUAUCCAAUCCCAAUACCCAAUCAUCAUCGUCGUCGACGAUGAAAACCUCGCCGGCAUCAGCUGCAAUGCUGAUCAGAUCUGAAAAUGGUUCCGAUUCAGCAGCGAUGAGGAUUUUCAUGCCGGUUUCUAUUGAGGAGGACAAGAAAAAUGAGACGAAACCGUUCAUUACGAGAACCUCGAGUUACACGGAUGCCGCCGCCGCCGCCGGUGGCGGCGUCAGUGGAGGCAAUUCGAAUUCGUACCAGCAGAAGAGGCGGCGGCGCGUGGCCAGCGAUAACUCCCUCCUGUCACUCACCAACGGCCCUCAGAACCCUCUCCGGGAUGAGGUGGGGAGAGACGCCUCCGAUACUUAUGUGGUUACUCGACUUAGCUUUGAGCUGUUGCGUUAUCUUGGGGUAGGCUAUAGAUGGAUCACCAGAUUUAUUGCACUCGGCUGUUAUUCGUUCCUUCUAUUUCCCGGUUUUCUUCAAGUUGGAUAUCAUUACUUCUUCUCGAAACAAAUACGUAGAGGUAUAGUUUACGGAGACCAGCCCAGAAACAGGCUUGACCUAUAUCUACCGCAAAAUAGUGAAGGACUGAAGCCAGUUGUUGCGUUUAUAACAGGUGGAGCCUGGAUUAUUGGUUAUAAAGCAUGGGGUUCUCUUUUAGGACAACAGUUGGCGGAACGAGAUGUUAUCGUAGCUUGCAUAGAUUACAGGAACUUUCCUCAGGGAACUAUUAGUGAUAUGGUGAAAGAUGCUGCCCAAGGCAUCUCGUUCGUGUGCAAUAAUAUUGCUGAAUAUGGAGGUGAUCCUAACAGAAUAUAUGUCAUGGGACAAUCAGCUGGUGCACACAUAGCUGCUUGUGCUCUAUUAGAUCAAGCAAUCAAAGAGGCUGGUGGACAAAAGACUUCUUGGAGUGUUACUCAAAUAAAAGCUUAUUUCGGUUUAUCCGGAGGGUAUAACUUUUACAGUCUCGUAGAUCACUUUCACAGUCGAGGUCUGUACCGCAGAAUCUUUUUAAGCAUAAUGGAGGGGGAGGAAUCGUUGCGGAAAUAUUCCCCUGAAGUGCUGGUGCAGGAUCCGAACCAUAGGGCUGCGGUUUCUCUGCUACCUCCUAUAAUUCUUUUCCAUGGAACUGCAGAUUAUUCUAUUCCCUCCGAUGCCAGCAAAAGUUUUGCCGAGACUCUUCGAAGCUUGGGAGUUCAAGCAGAGUCGAUUUUAUACGAAGGGAAGACACACACAGAUCUGUUCCUUCAGGAUCCAAUGAGAGGUGGGAUAGAUGAUAUGUUUCAAGAUUUGAUUGCAAUGAUUCAUGCUGGAGAUUCCGAAGCUCUGGCGAAAGAUUCCACAGCGCCUCCGAGAAAGCGUCUCGUACCCGAAUUCAUGUUGAAAUUGGCUCACAGAGUUAGCCCUUUCUGAUCACCAUUUACUUUUUAUUUUUGUAAGCAAUUUAUAGGAAAUACGGAUUUUACUAUAUCUAUUUUAGAAGCUAGAAGUAGAACCAUUGUUUAUAUAUAUAACAUAUUCGUGUUUUUCGAAGAAUUGAUUAUGUACUAUCAGAUUUAUUUCAACUCAAAGAAAAUGAAACAUUUUCACUUCUUUUAACUACAUAAUAUCAUCGUUUUAUUAGGCUAAGCCAUCGACGAAAAACGGUUACAUAAUCACAUGCAAAA